UUCUCACACCCUUUAAAAAUAUAUUGCAACUAUGGUGUGUUCUGUGUUUGGUUCUGCAGCCACGUUUUACAUCAAACCAACAUGAAAUGCAGCGGUGUUGUACAAUAUUAAUAGUAUAUGCUUGUGAUCCUCAAACAUAAUGAGUAACACACAUGUAGCUCCUGUAAUCCUGAUAUGGAGGGCUCUACACUGUUUUACAGUUUUUUUUCCCCUUCAUUUUAUUAAACCUUCAUAAUCAAUCCCAGUGAGAUUGAAAUCUCUUUUAUAAGGGAAUUCAUAUUAUAAUCGUAUAAUAGCAAACUACUUUAAAAAUAGUUUUUUUCAAGCAUAAAUUCAAAACCUAUUAAAUUACAAUUAUAUUCUUAUACGAUACAUUAAAAAACACAAGGGGUAUAAAAGAAAAUAUAGAUUAUCAAGUUUAAAUAUUGUUCUAAAGAUUUAUAUACGUGUGUGUCCGGAGGGGCGGUGCGUCUCGUUUUUAAAGUAGGGUGAACGGCCUCAUCCGGGCUGCCCCGUAGAGCAAAACGAGCCUCUCUGUUACUAACCCACACCGGCUGGGGCCAACGCUCCCCCAGAAGAACAACGUGUUUCAGGAAGAAGUUGGCGCCUGAAGCCCCGUACGCGGCGGGCUAACACGCUAACCGAAAGUAUGAAAGAUAGUCUUCUGUAAUGAUUUUUUCUUUCCAUCGUUAUUAAAGAAAUCCAAAAUGAACGACACGGAAUUCAGUGUCCCGCUGUCCUCGCUGGCUCUCUUGGUGCCACCGCUGCGGCUGAUGUCGGCGGUGAUGUGGGAGGUGGUGUGCCAGCGCAACAUAAAGCACUAUGGGAAGCUGGAGGAGUUCGUGUCCAUGGUAACGGAUGCGGUUCCCGAACUGAUGAGCAAAAGGGAAGGGAGGCUGCUGUCGCUCGGCCUGAGAGCGAGGACAACUCUGGAGCUGCUGCGUUCUGAACACCCGGAAGAUCUCAAGGCGGUCGAGAGCCACCUCAACCAGAUCCGGAUGUCUUGCAUUGAGGAGACCAACGAUCCUGCGAUCGAAGCACCAGAGACCAACUUCAUGAAGCUGGUGCAAGGCCUCAUCGAGGACACGGACGGCAGAGAACACUUCCUCAAGAACGUGUUCCCGGUGGAGUACGGCCCGGACUUCGACACGGCGCUGGAGACCCUGGUCUGUGAAUUCUUCACCAGACUGGAGGAGCUGCUGCCAAUACCAGAUUUCAAACAGACGGCAUCCUGGGUCAGUGCUGCCCCCUCUGUCCUCGAGGAGUACAUGCAGUGCGUCUCAAAUGGAGACGACCUGAAAUUUCUUCUGCAAAGCAAACAGUGCCACGGGAAACUGGCCAAGUGUAGCGUCGCUCCGUUCCAGCCGGAUGAUCUUCUCAUCCCCUCUCUGUCGCUCCCUCCAUCGCUGGACGUGGCCACCUCGUCCCACCCGAGCGGUUGCGACGAGGAGAAUCACGACGUCGCUCAGAUCGUCAUGUUCGACGAGGAGCUGUCCACGAACCCGUCCACCUCGGCGGACUUCCCCGAAUCCCCGAAGCGGGCGGACGUCUCGUCGUCUCCCCGCAGGCGGCAGCAGUCGGGGACGCACAAAUGCCCCGAGUGCGACAAAUGCUUCAAGCACCACUCCGUCCUCAUCGAACACCAGCGGGUCCACAGCGGGCUCCAGCCUUACAACUGCUCCGAGUGCGGCCGGGCGUUCCGGACGGCCACUCUGCUGGCCGGCCACCGGCUGCGGAAGUGCAGAAACGCCGCGUAUCUGUGCAUAAAAUGCGGGAACAGUUUUCCGACCUCGCUGGACAAAUUCCGGCACCACUGCCCGAAGCGCGGGCGCAGCUACAACUGCGGGCACUGCGGCAAAAGUUUCCAGAAGUCGAGCAGCCUGAAAGAGCACCUGCUGACUCACGUCCAAAGCCGCCUCUUCAAGUGCAGCCACUGCGGCGUGGGCUUUUCGGGCAUCGGGGACUUGAAGUAUCAUCAACAGGUCGAUCACGACAAGCCGCAUCAGUGCAAGCAGUGCGGGAAGAGCUUCAUCUCCUCCAAGUGCCUGACCAAGCACCAACUACGGCACGACGGGGUCGGAGACGCGGAGGCCACGUCGACGAGCCGGGGCAAACACCGGAAGAGCGGCGCCGCCCACCGGACGCCCUCGGCCUCCGCGGCCUCCCGGAAAGCGGCCUACCCGCGCGGACGGGUCACGCACAACUGCCCGCUGUGCGGCAGGAGCUUCAAGUACCGCUUUGAGUUCCUCGAGCACCAGCGGUUCCACACGGCGGUGAAGCCCUACAAGUGCUCCCAGUGCGGCAAGGCCUUCCGCACGGAGGCCCACCUCUCCCGCCACCGGAAGAGGAAGUGCAAGAACGCGUCGCACGUUUGCACAAAGUGUGGCUGCCAGUUCCGGUCCCUGCACGAGCGCGUCCGGCACCAGUGCGUCCAGCUGCUGACGAAGUACGAGUGCUCGCACUGCGGGAAGACCUUCAAGAUGGCGCACCUGCUGAGGAACCACCAGAUGAGCGACCACCAGCUGCCCUACAGCCCCAACCACCGCUUCCGCUGCCGCUACUGCGACGAGACGUUCCCCGGCAUCAGCGAGCUGAAGUACCACCAGCGGGUCGACCACGAGAAGCCCUACCGGUGCCAGGAGUGCGGCAAGUGCUUCCUGUCCGAGAAGUGCCUGGCCAACCACGAGCUGCGGCACAACGACGACCGGCCGGAGAGCUGCCCGGUGUGCGGUCGCGGCUUCCGCAACCGCUACGACCUGAAGCAGCACACGCGCACGCACACGGGCGAGCGGCCCUACCAGUGCACCCACUGUUCCCAGUGCUUCUCCACGGCGGGGGGGCUGCGCAGCCACACCCGGGUGCACACGGGCGAGAAGCCGCACGCGUGCCCCGACUGCGGCAAGGCGUUCUCCCAGAUGGGGGCGAUGCGCACGCACCGGCUCACGCACACCGGCGAGCGGCCCUUCAAGUGCGCCGUGUGCGGCAAGGGCUUCACGAUGGCGCACAAGGUGACGGUGCACAUGCGCGUGCACACCGGGGAGCGGCCGUACGUGUGCACGCAGUGCGGCAAGGCCUUCUCGGACGGCAGCGUGCUGAAGCAGCACAUGCUGAACCACUCGGGGGUGAGGCCGUACCACUGCCAGAUCUGUCCCAAGACCUACACCUGCCUGAACCACCUGAGGAGGCACCUGAAGAGCCACGCCCACAUGAACUGACCCCGCGGCGCCGGGCGGCGCCGUUCCCUCUUCGCCGCGAAGUCGCGUCGGCCGACCCUCGAGGACGAUCCGAACGUUUGCGGCGAUCGUUUGACGUGUUGAGAACUCGUUUGCGUUGUUGCUGAUCCCAACCCGAGAGUCGUGUCGAUCUUCUCCCAUUUAGAGUGUUUUACAAAAUAUCAAACCGUUUCCUGAACAUCGGCACAAGCUCGUUCUGUUCCCUCCGUCCUUGAGCUUCCUUCCUUCCUUCCUUCGGUUUCUCAUGCAUGCAUAUGUGUGGGUGUGAUGUGGGUGAGACGCUGUGUGUUCAGAAGCUGUAAUAUUGAUGAAGAAAUAUAUAUUUUUGGCUCGUGUGUAAAUAUGCCGAAAGAAACAAAUAUUGUGAGAUUGCAAAGUUAAAAUGAUGACGUCAUCUAUUUCAUCAUGACUCUACUUUCCUUUCUUUUCUUUCUUCCUGUCUGCCUCAUAUUUAUAUCCCCCCAUUAUGUUUUGGCGAAGUUUGUAAAUGUAAUUAAAUCACCUUGGUUAUA